ACGGCCGCUGCAAUGCUCGGUCCCAAGGGGUCCAAUUGGUUGAUGGAUGCAAUUGGGUUGCUUGGAAGUGUUUAUAUCAGAUGACAUGCCGCCGUUUUCUAUCAUCUGUUCUUGAGCUUUGCAUCCCGUUAUUCCGAAGCUGUCAUCUCAUUUACCACAGGUUCUUCUUUUCUUUGACCUGGUGUCUUUAUUGCUUUAUUUUCAACUCAUUUCUGACUUGGUGUCCUACUGCACAAUUCGAACUCUACUUGCAAUCUUAUAUAUUCCAUUAUCUAACCUAUUCAUAACUUCAAGAUGUACACUUACCAAGCCCUCGUCGCCUACCUGCUCGUUGCGGCCGCCGCCACCGGCAGUGCACGAAGCAUCGACACCCGUCAAAUUGGCGGCAUCAGCUGCAACAUCGCCCGCUUCCAGAUCCUCCAAGCCCUCGGUGACACCAAGGACGCCACGGGCCAGAUCCAGGAUGCCGCCGUACAGAACGCGACCACGACCGGUCUGGACCAAGCCGACGCCGCCAUCAAGACGAUUGCCAGCGCACUCCUAAGCGGCGAAACAGCUCCGGCAGAUGCGCGCGACGAGGUAGCGGCGGGAUUGACGGCGGCAUUUACUGCUCUUGAGGCUGGUGAUGCAACCGACACAGCUGUUACUGAUGCCCAAACUGCUCUCGACAAGGCUGUCAAAGCUGGACAGGAUGUCGUUGACAAGUGCUGAGCGGGUGUUAGCAUUGAUAGUUGAUUGAUAGCUUGAUUUGGGCCAGGUGGUGAUUUGCAAUAGGCACUAGAAUUUUGAAUACCCAGUAGGAUUUAGCCAACAAUGGCAUAAGUAGAGAAGCCUCAGGGCAGACCCAGUAAUAAAGUGGAG